UCUUUGUAGCGUUUAAAGAAAAAAAAUAUUUGAUUAUUUAUGGACGUAAAUAGACCGUGGAUGAAAAAGCAAAGUGUUUGAAUUUUGCUUCGAACUCUAAUGAGAAGGACGUGGAAAUGGAUGGCAGGAUAAAUUGAUACGUACUGUGUUUUCAUUACAGACUAAUGAAGAACAUGGCAAAUAUCACGGACGAGUUCUCAAAUCAAACCACAGUCACCAUGGAUACAACAACCAUGGGGAUGGAGGAGAUAGAGGCCCGGAUGUUGCUCCACAAGAUGAAUGACGAGUUAGCGAUGCGUUACUUGCCAGUUAUUGUGUACAUGUUAAUUCUGAUGUUGAUGGGAAUUUUUGGAAACAUUUUGGUGUGCUGUGUGUAUUGCAGUAAACCCACAAAAACUUCCUCUCAUUACUUUAUUUUGAAUCUCGCCGUCCUUGACCUUUUGACUUGUAUCAUUGGCAUGCCCACUGAAGUGACGGACCUCCGAUACCCGUAUAUGUUUUAUGCGCCCGCAGCAUGCAAAUUGCUACGAUUUGUGGAAUCUGUAUCGAUAAUCGGUUCAUCAAUCACUCUUAUCGCAGUGGCGUUUGAUCGAUAUUACAGAAUUUGUAAACUUGGAAGACAAAUAUCGGUGAAAAAAUCCAAAAUUAUUUGUGUAGUGGCUGUAGUUAUCGGUCUCUUAACAUCGUGGCCAGCCUGUAUUCUGUUUGGUGAGAAGACAAUCGAGCUCGGAAUACCAGGGAUCAAAGGUGUCGACUGCUCCACUGAUGAUUCAGUCAGACACACAAUUUACCCUACUCUUUAUUACGGAUUUCUCUUUCUCUUGUUUAUUCUCUGUUUAGUAUUUUUUACUGUUAUAUACGCAAAAAUUGGUGCAGUGAUCUGGAAGCGCAAGAAAGCCAGGAUAGGUGAGCCUAUUUCAGCAACGCCAAAUGGCCGCGCUCUAAACGAUUCGAACACUCCAUCAGAUCAAAUUUCCUCUGAUCCUAUCAGUACAGAAAUGUCCUCUGACCAUGAGGGUUAUCACGACAAACGUGCAUCAAGUGGCUCAAAACAUGCAUUUGGUAAAAGACACUCCCGAAACAAUGUGCGCGUUACUCGGACAACGGUGGUACUGUUUGCUGUGACGGUUGCCUACGUCAUCAGCUUUCUGCCGUUUCUCAUAGUCAUGGUUGUCAGAAGUGUAGCGAAGAAUUUUGAGGAAAGUCUCAGUCCCGAGGCAGAGGUCGCCUACAAAUUCAGCACCAAAUCGUACUUCAUAAACAAUGCAAUUAAUCCCUUGAUUUAUAGUUUUCUUAACAUCAACUUCCGGAAGGACAUCAAAACAAUUUUUAAAAAAUGUUGUACUGCUUGCUGCGGAUGUCGCAAUAGAUAAUCAAUAUAAGUUUUCCCUAUUCCAUGUGUAUAUUCAUAAUCACAAUGUGUUACUUGUUGUUUCUUUAUGCUGCUUUGAAAAUACAUAUUUCCCCAUGAAGUGAAUAAAAUAAAAACGUGAAUAUA